GAACCCCUACUCCUAAUUUCAUACCUCGAUCGCGAUCUCUCUUCGAUCUAAUUAAAUCUUCAAAAAUAAAAUAAAAAACAGCAAAAAAAAAAAGGUAGAGAAAUGGCACCUCGUGAGAAAGGGCGUGGAGCGGCGCGUGCCGGCGUUGAUGGCGCGGUGAAGGAGGUGCAUUUCAGAGGAGUGAGGAAGCGUCCGUGGGGACGGUACGCGGCGGAGAUCAGGGAUCCAAGCAAGAAGAGCCGGGUCUGGCUCGGCACCUUCGACACCGCCGAAGAAGCGGCCAAGGCCUACGACGCCGCUGCGAGAGAGUUUAGAGGAUCUAAGGCGAAGACGAAUUUUCCUUACCCGGAGACAUACCAGAUUCCCAGCGCCGCCGCUCCUGGCGGCGCCGUUAGCCCUAGCAGCCAGAGCAGCACCGUCGAGUCCUCCUCCCGUGAGACGCCGGUAAUAGCGAAGCCACAACUCCCUCCGCCUCUCGAUCUCGAUCAUUUCCCCCACUCCGGCGUUGCACGGUUCCCCUUCCAACCCUUCGCUUCUGCACCACAGCCUUUCUUUCUCUUCAACGCGAUCGUCAGAUCGGAGAAACCCGGCGCCGGAGUGAAUCACCAGCGGCUGAAGCUAGAUCGCCCGAGUUUUCUCACCGAUUUCCACGUUCCCGUCGUAGCCAGUGUCCAGAGCGACUCUGACUCCUCCUCCGUCGUAGAUCAUCACCCACCGCCUUCUCCACGCAAGCCACUGCGCUUCGAUCUCGACCUCAACCUCCCUCCCCCGGACCUCGCCUGAGUAUGCUCGUCUCUCGCCGGAUCUUGCACCGAGUUUAACAAGAAAACAAGGAAUGAAAUCUCUCCUUUUUUUUCCGCCGAAUUAUUAUUAUUAUUUUUUUCAAAAAAGCGUAUCUCACACGCUUCGCUGAAUUACUGUAAAUAUUUCGCG